UUACCGCUUCGUCUCUGCGCUGCUCAACACCUGAAUGGUCAGCGAUCAACACAGGAGACUAAAAAAUUCGACCUCACUCUCGCUGGUCAUCUGCUGUGGCACUUUAGCGGCUUCUUUUCGUGAUAGCAAAUCGACGCAAUUUUGAUACGCGACCAUGGAGAUUGAAGUUUUGAGUACUUCGGGAUCGAAACCACUUUUCACCUUAACUGGAUUGGCGCCGUCAACAACAAUUAAGGAGAUCAAGGAUCAGAUCUACAGAAAGAAGAAAGCUCUGUAUCCUGAGAGACAAUCCAUCAGGCUUGAGGUUAAAGGUUCCAGCCUGAAGGACUCCGAGCCCAUCUCCUCUUUUGGACUGAAGAGCGGUGCCAAGAUUUUCCUGAAGGACCUAGGACCCCAAAUUGGCUGGAAGACGGUCUUCCUUGCGGAGUACGCAGGACCUCUUUUCGUCUACCUUUGGUUCUACACCAGGCCUUGGUACUUCUAUGGAGAGGGUGCUGCCUCACAGCCCAUAUCCCAGUGCACAAAGAUUGCUGCCCUUUGCUGGUCCGUUCAUUAUGCCAAGCGACUUUUCGAAACUGUUUUCGUCCACCGAUUCUCCCAUUCCACCAUGCCAAUGUUCAACCUGUUCAAGAACUGCUCUUACUACUGGUUGUUCACCGCCUACGUCGCCUACCACGUCAACCACCCCCUGUUCACUCCUCCUUCCGAUACCCAGAUGUACGUCUCCCUUGGAUUAUUUGGGGUCUCUCAACUUGGAAACUUGAGCAUUCAUGUGGCCCUGAGGAACCUGCGACCUCCAGGCACUACUGUCCGCAAGAUCCCCAUGCCCACGUCGAACCCCUUCACAGGACUGUUCAAUCUGGUGUCUUGCCCCAACUACACCUACGAAUUUGGGAGUUGGGCUUCUUUCACAGCAAUGACCCAGUGUUUACCAGCUGGCCUGUUUGCUCUUGCUGGACUCUACCAAAUGACCGUGUGGGCCAUUGGCAAACACAAACUGUACAAGAAGGAGUUUUCCAACUACCCCAAGGGUCGCAAAGCUAUUUUGCCUCUGCUGAUUUAAAUUGAGGACAAAAUGCUUUGAUUGCUGCCUUAGUCUCUCUAUUUUUGUUACUCAACUCCACUCUUUGGCACAGCGACCUUUAGUAGAGUUGUCAGUUCAAAUCAUCAUUGUUGUUCAGCAUAUUUUGUUAUUGCAUUCCAGUAGCUUCGCUCAUUUGACGUAAAUGGUUUUGAAGAGGCCCUUGACCAAGCUCAAUGUAAAGCUUUCCCGUGUUAAUUAUUUGGGUUAGGUUGUGCCAGUGUUUUGGUUUCUAUGUCACUGUACUUUGUUCUAAAUGGAUUAAUAAAUAAUUGCUUUAUUACUAG